AUGUGGGUUAAGGAAACAAAUCCACCACACACACAAUUUGUGAAACCCAUGUACCAUAAGGUACCGCCCCUAGAUUUACAACUAGAACAAAUAAAUACGCAUAUCCAUUCCUUAUUCUUCUCCCUCUCUCUCAUCUUCUAUACUUUUUUUUCGCUAUUCCUAUUAUUGCCACAACCAUUUUUCAACCCUUUCCUCCAAUUCCAAUUCCAAUCCCAACCAUGCCUCUUCUCCCCCACCCUUCCCAUGGCGGCGACCCUUUACCCAAACCCAACCCUGCCCUCCUCUCCCUCUUCCUCAAACCCAUCAUCAUGCUCCUCCUCACCUCCCUCUUCUUCCUCUUCCUCGGCUUCGCCGCCUUCCUCCUCCUCAACCUCUUUCUCCUCGCCGGCGCCCUCCACCGCCUCCGCUUCCGUCCUACCCCUUCCUGCCGCCUCCAAUCCCCCACCUCUCCCUUCCUCCCCCACGAAAUCAACAACCUCCCCAACUUCCGCAUCACCAAAACCUCCUCACCCGGACCAGACUCCCGCUGCGCCGUUUGUCUCGACGGGUUCCGCCAUGGUCAGUGGUGCAGAAACCUCGCCGCGUGUAGGCAUGUUUUUCACCGGAGAUGUAUUGAUUCGUGGCUCGUCAAAGUUGCGACGUGCCCGACUUGCCGGACACCUGUUCGAUCAAAUGCGGAAACGAAUCUCGUAA